AUGGAAUCCAUCGAGAUCCACGAGGCCGCCACCCCAGCCAGAAGGCCCGUCGUAGACCUCACAGCAGACACCCCUUCCUACGAGGCUCGUGGAGAGCCCACCAGGAAGCAGGGGGCUGGCUACACCCGCAGCGGACCCAACUACUCCCCCGCUUCCUCGGUAGUCUAUAUCGCUGGCAAUACCCUCUCCGAUGUCUCCAACAGGGCCAACGUUUCCGCCAGCCAGUCCUCCAGAGGAUACGACUUUGACUCUUUCGGGUCGUCCCUCUCCCAAAAAUCCAGAACUUCAAAGUUGAGCGAUCCCUACUCCAGCUAUAUCAAGCCCGCCACUCCGAAUGCUUUUCAAAAAUCCCAGUCUCAGAUCAAGCAGACGUUCAGCCAGCCGGCUCGCCAGCCUGCAUUUGGUUCGACGAAGGGUUAUGUCAAUGGAUGGCCGGGUUGGGUACAGCCUGGGGGUGUCAAUCCUGGCACAGUGCCCAAUGCUAGGGCCCCCCUUGCUCCGACGAGCAGAGCUCCCGUAGGGGACGACGUUCCCCGCGAAAACUUUGACAUCGCCGGCGCUAGUAUCACUGCCGACGACAUGGUCCGGUACAACGGCGACGCAGAGAAGCACAUGGCAGAGCUCUUGAGCGGGGCCAUUGGUGAUGGAGAGGAUGAGAUGGGAGAUGAUGGAGUACAGGAAGGGGACGACAAAAUCGAGGGUUUCGCAAAGGGCAUGAAAUUGAUGCCCCAUCAAGUGAGGGGUGUCAAGUGGAUGAGGCAGCGAGAGAGCGGGCGUAAAUACGGAGGAAUCCUUGCAGACGACAUGGGUCUGGGCAAGACGGUCCAAACGUUGGCCAGGAUUGUGGAAGGCAAGCCUACCCCCGCAGAGAAGAAGGCCGGAUACAAGGGUGGUACUCUCAUCAUUUGUCCGCUUGCAGUCAUGGAACAAUGGGCUACCGAGUGCAACACCAAGACCUCUCCCGGAGUCCUCAAAGUCACCACCCACCAUACGUCCAGCCGGACAAAAUUGGGCAAGACCCUCGAGGGCUACGAUGUCGUUAUCACCACUUUUGCUACCGUCUCCUCGGAAUUCGGUAUCUACGAAAAGGAGAUGCAGUCGCGACUGGACGACCAGCUGGAUUCCGACUCUGAUGAUGUGGCGCCGAAAGGAAGGAAGAAGGCCGCGAAAAAGAAGGCGACUAUGAGUGCUCUGUUCCAAGUAAAGUGGUUGAGGAUCGUCGUCGACGAGGCCCAAAACAUCAAGAACAGAAACACCAAACAAGCAAAAGCCGCCGUCGCUCUCCGAGCCAAGUACAGAUGGUGUCUGACAGGUACCCCCAUCCAGAACAAUGUCGAGGAACUGUUCACUCUCUUCCAAUUCCUUCGUGCAAGGCCUCUGGACGAUUGGCAAGAGUUUAGAAUUCGUAUCUCUUCGCUCGUCAAGGAAGGUCGUACCAAAAUUGCAAUGAAGCGUCUCCAUGUCGUCCUCAAGGCUAUCAUGCUGCGCCACGGCAAAAAGAUUCUCAACCUUCCGGGCCGAACGGUACAGGUGAUGCCAUGUCCGUUUGACGAGGAUGAGCGCGCCUUUUACGAAGCUUUGGAGAAGAAGACCAGUAUCACGUUCAACAAGUUUGUCAAGAGCGGCAGCGCUACUGCCAACUACACCUCCGUCUUGACGUUGCUUUUACGUCUCCGACAGGCGUGUGUUCACCCGUCACUGGUCACCAACUCUUUGGAUAUGGACGAGGCGCUCGAGGCUGAUGAUGUUGCCAAAGCUGCACCCGUCAAAGACGAGGCGGAUGAGCUGGCUGACAUGCUCGGUGGGCUCGGCGUUGCCAAAGGCAAGACUUGUGCCAUUUGUUUUGUCAAGCUGCAAGACCAGACUGCCACUCAUUGCGCCGGGUGCAUAGGUCUCACAGAACGCGUCUUGGCUCGUGACAAAUCAUCCAACCUUCCGCCUGACAGCGCCAAGAUCCGAACCUUGCUCAAGCUUUUGUCCGAGAUCGACGAGAAGAGCGGCGGGCAAGAAAAGACUAUUGUGUUCUCCCAGUUUACAAGCUUUCUGAACCUGGUGGAGCCCUUCUUGAAAAAGUACAAGAUUGCAUUUGUCAGGUACGACGGGUCGAUGAGGAACGACAAGCGUCAACAGUCCCUCCAAGCUAUCAAGAAUGACCCUGUUGUCAAGGUCAUCCUCAUCUCUUUCAAGGCUGGUAGCACGGGUCUGAACUUGACAUGUUGUAACAACGUGGUCCUCAUGGACCUGUGGUGGAAUCCUGCUCUUGAGGAUCAAGCCUUUGAUCGUGCUCAUCGCCUCGGACAGAAGCGUGACGUGAACAUCUACAAAUUGACUAUUGAGGAGACAGUGGAGGAUCGUAUUCUCGCUCUCCAAAACAACAAACGGGAAUUGGCCAACGCAGCGCUCUCGGGCCAAGCAGGCAAGGGACUUAUGAAGCUCACGAUGGACGACAUCAUGAAACUGUUCAAACACUCGCACAAAGGCCAAGAGGACGACGAAUCUGACGACGAUGAUUAG